AUGGCCAACAAUAUCACAGUGCCACUCCUCAUACUUCUUUCUUUUCUUCUUCUAAACUUCUAUCAGUGUUUAGCUCAAAAUGGCUCCAACGUAACCAGGGGUUCUUCCAUAACUGCAGGAUCUAACCAACCUUGGCUUUCUCCAUCUGGGGAUUUUGCCUUUGGUUUUUACCCUCUUCCAAAUGUUCUCUACCUUGUGGGAAUUUGGUUCGAUAAAAUCCCAAACAAGGCUGACCAGACCUUGGUUUGGUCGGCUAACCGGGACACUCCCGCGCCGGUAAAUUCCAAAAUAAGCUUGAACACCACCGGCCAGUUUGUGCUUUUGUUCCCAGAUGGCGCGAUUCAAACAAUUAUAUCCACACAAACGCCUGCAGAUUCUGGCCAAAUGCAGGACGACGGCAACUUUGUGUUGAAAGACUCCAAUUCUGCACCCAUCGGACAAAGCUUUGAUUCGCCAACAGACACGCUCCUUCCUGGACAGAUUUUAGGGGUCAACAAAAAAAUGUUCUCUGCAAAAAACAUCUCGGAUUUCUCAACUGGGAAUUUCAUGCUGCAAAUGCAAAACGAUGGAAAUCUGGUGCUCUCCAAUUACCACUUCUCCAAUAUUGGGUAUUGGUUCACAGUCAAAACUGAUAUUAACAAUACUGUCUUAGUGUUCGAUAAUUCCUCUGCUUUAAUGUACACCAGUGGAACUGCCCCAAUUGAACAGAUAUUUCACAAUUUGACUGUCAAUGUUCCAGCUCCAGUUGGGGAUUACUACCACAGAGCAACAAUUAGUGUCCAUGGCGAUUUCCGACAAUAUGCUUACCCCAAAACUAAAGGCAGUGGAUGGAUAAGAGGUUGGGGAGCCAUGAGCGACCCUUGUCUUGUGAACACCGUUUGUGGCUUAAAUGGGCUCUGCAAAUCAUCCGACAACGAUACAGUAACCUGUGAAUGCUUGCCGGGUUUUGUUCAAUUGGAUCCGACCAAUGCUGUGAAGGGAUGUCGGCUACAAACUCCGAUCAAUUACUGUACUGAAAAAUCUAGGAAGAAUUUCGAGGUCCAGGAGAUGGAUGAUGUCGUUAUUGACUUCCCCCCAGACCUGGUCAAUUUUUAG